AUGGAGUCCUGGUAUCUGAAGAGAUGCCUGGGAAGUUGCUUGAAAAAGGGACUGGCAGAGGUUGUAGAACGUCAGCCAGCAGAUCCAAUAGAGUAUCUGGCACACUGGAUUUACAAUUACAAAAGAAUCUUAGAUGAAGAAAAAAAGAGGAUGUUGGAGAGGAUUGAGCAGGAGCAAGAACGGGAGGCAGCCCUGGAAGAACUCAAAAUGUUAACAAGAAUGAAGGAGGAAGAGCUAAUGAUCCAGCAGAAACUUGAAGAACAACAUCAGGGUCAUUUGGAACAAGAACAUGAGGAGCUGGAACUGCAGAAUGAAGAUGGCAAAACACUGUUGCAGGAGAAAGAUCAAGAGGAAAGUGAAAACACAAUAGCUGAACUUACAGAUACACCUGGAGCACCCAAUUUGACCAGAGUGAAGGAGGUAGAUGAGAGUGAACAGUCUGAGAGUGUAACAGAUCUCAUGGCAGAAACAGAACAAGAAAGUUCCCAACCAAUCUGA